CUCUCUCUCUCUCUUUCGCGCGCUCUCUCUCGCCCCGCUCCGCUCUGGAACAUGGCCUCGGCUGAUGCUCCGCCUGGAGCAGAGACGGUUGCCUUUCCUGGCUGUGGCUGUGUUCUUGCCGCCGCCGACGUUCUCUCGGCGCUAAGCGCCGCCUCGCCCACCGCCGUCUUUGCCCUCCGCUGCGGCCGAUCGUCCUGUUCCCGCCGCAUCCACAUCGCCCGCCACGACCGGGAGGAGGCUGUUAGUGCGCUCCGUGCAGCCCUGCUUGGUCUUCCACCGCCUUAUGCCGCACCGGCGUGGGAGGCCUUUGAUGCCAGCUACCGAGAGGUCGCCGAUCACGUUGCCACUCUGCAGCGCGGCCGUGGCCUGCCGGACCGCACAGCCGGCUCUCACACCACUGAUGUGCCUGGAGAGCGCGUGGCUGUUGCGCCUGUUUCAUCUGCUGCGGUCCCGGCUUCUAUCCGGCGUCCCGUCCUGCCGCCGGCGUACGCCGAGGCCGAUGCGUGCGAUCCGGUCGGUCCGCCGCCGGUCCGGCUGGGGCCAGGCGCCUUGGCACCACCGCCGGACGUGGUUGGCAAGGGUAAGGAGGUGGUUGACGAGGAGGAUGUGGAUCUACCAGCCGUAGAGCUGCCGGUCUACACGCCGCCGGCCGGGCCAAAGAUCCACAUCGGGGUGCCGGUGAGCUCACCAGCCGUGGGUAAGGGUAAGGACGAGGAAUGGGAUGAUGACGGAGUGAUGGCACUGGCCACUGCGACGGGCCCGGUGUGGGUCGAUGGGCGAGUGGCGCAGCUGCUGGAAAUGGGCUUUGACUAUGACGGCGUGCUGGCUGCCACGGAUGAGGCUGUGGCGCGAUGCGGGCAGGUGGCGCCGGCGCUAGAGACAAUGAUCACGUUUCUGACGACGGGCGUGUGGGCUGAGGCGCCUGCUGGUCUAGAAGCGCCAGACUACGAGGCUGCGCCGCCGUACACGCCGCCAUAG